AUGGACGCCGGGCCAGACACGGCCACCGCCGCGCGCUCCGACCGGGCGACGUCGUCGCCCGGGCUCGCAGCCGGGCGGUCCCCGGCGCUGCAGGGCAACGGAACGCAGGCCAACGUCUGCGCCGUCAGCGGCGCUUACGCCCACAAUGGCGCGGAAUCGCAAGCCGAGCACCGACUGCCUCUGGACCUCGAGGAGGAGCUCGUUCAGCUCCUGGGCGACAGCCAGAACGGCCUCGUAGCCGACUUGGACGCCCUGAAGGAGGCCCUCCCGGGCUGGACCUCGUCCGCGAUGAACGGGUACCACCAGGAGGUCGGCACCUCCCGCGGGGACCCCUCGGACUCGUCCACGGAGACGGGCGCCCCCUCGGCGCAGACGGCGUCCGUGUCAAGCGCGGCCUCCUACACCAGCUACGGCAGCGGCAGCAGCGGCAACACGGUCCCGGUCAGCUUCAUGGGCCACGGCGGCUCGAUGCCGGGCGCCCACGGCGUCCGCCCGCCCUCGACGAUGCCCACGGUGUCGACGGCGAGCACCAACGGGAUGGUGCCGUACUACGCCACGCCCAGCACGGGCGGGCUCGCGGUGCCGUCGGGCCACGUAACGCCGGCGCCCAUCCCGCACAGCAUCCCCGCGCUCGUCGGGCAGGGCCCGCCGAUGCAGCAGCAGCCCAGCCUGGCGCAGCAGCUGGAGGCCGCCGCCACCAUGUCGGCCGCGGCCGCGGGCCUGCCGCCCGGGUCGCCGGAGUUCCACGCCGCGCGCGCCGCGACGCUCGCGCUCCUGCGCCGGCAGCUCGCGAUGCCGCCCAUGGCCCCGCCGAUCGCCGUGCCGGGCCUGAUGGGCGCCGCCACGUCGGGCGCGCCCACCUCGGGCCCGCACGCGCAGACGCUGCCGCCGGACGUCCAGCAGCUCGCCGCGGGCCUCGGCAAGCUCGGCCUCGGCACCGGCGUCGCCGACGGCCCGCGCCGCCCGGCCCCGGCCACGGUGGGCGCGCCCUACGCGCCGCACCAGGCCGCCGCCGCCGCCGCCGCGAUGGCCGCGGGGCGCUUCCUGAGCCCGACCGGGUCGCUCCCGCACCCGCAGUGGGGCUGGGGCUUCCCGGGCGCCGAGCAGGGGGGCGUGCCCGGCCUCGUGCCCGGCCUGGACCACAUGACGUCCCUGGCGGGCAUGUCGCCGACGGACUUCGCGGCGCGGCUGUCGUCGACGCCGCCGGACCCGCAGGCGUGCCGCGUGCUGCAGCGCAUGGUCGAGGACGGCGGCUCGAGCACGGUCGCGGAGAUUUUGCCGAGCGUCCUGCAGGCGCUGCCGACGGUGGCCGACAUCCCCGCGGGCUCCGGGCUGAUGCUCAAGGUGCUGGAGCGGUGCACGGACGCGCAGCGCAUGGCGAUCAUCCGGCACCUGGUGCAGGGCGGGCACCUCGCGCAGCUCGCGAUGCGCCCGCACGGCACGCGCACCGUGCAGCAGCUGGUGCAGGGGGCGCGCGGGCGCGAGCAGGGGUCGCUCCUGGCGAGCGCGCUGCAGCCCGAGGUGCUGCAGCUGAUCCGCGACGUGCACGGGAGCCACGUGCUGCAGCGGUGCCUGCAGCGGCUCGACCCCGCGGACUCGGCCUUUGUCUUCCACGCCGUGCUGUCGCACUGCUCGCUGGCCAGCACGGACCGGCACGGGUGCUGCGUGGUGCAGCGGUGCAUCGACUACGCGACGCCGGCGAACCGCCAGGCGCUGAUGGCGCUGCUCGCGGCGGUCGCGCGGAUGCUGUCGGAGAGCGCCUUUGGCAACUACGUGGUGCAGUACGUGCUCGACCAGGGGCAGCCAGACACGACGAUCCAGGUCAUGCAGCAGCUCACGGGCCACUACGCGCGGCUGUCGACGCAGAAGUACGCGUCGAACGUCGUCGAGAAGUGCCUCCGCCAGCAGAGCGCGGCCGUGCGCCCGCACCGCGACGCCAUCAUCCAGGAGCUCAUGGACUCCCCGUCCUUCCCCUCGAUGCUCCUCGACCAGUACGGCAACUACGUCGUCCAGUCGGCGCUCGCCGUCGCGUCCGGACCGCUCGCGCAGGCCCUCGUCGACGCCAUCCAGCCCCACGCCCACAUGCUGCACCGCAGCGCCCACGGCAAGCGCAUCCUCUCGCGGAUCCAGCGCAAGGCGCAGGCCGCGUACCUCGCGCACCCCGACGCCGCGCUCAAGCAGCCCCCGCGGGCGCCCGUCCCCGACGCCAUGUAA